AUGGACACCACGUUCAUCACGAUCCACGGCAGGUCUUCCCGCUCCCGAUCGAUCGAUCCUAGUCUCUAUCUGUCCCGAGAUGCUUCGAUUCGCUAUGCGUCAGGUAGCAUAGAGGUGGUGCUGGGCUACCAACCUCAUGAAGUUCUCGAUCGCUCGUGCUGGGAGUAUUUCCACCCCCAGGAACUACCGUUUGCCCGAUCGAUCCAUGGUCGUGGGGUGCGAUUGGAUAAGGCUGCAGUCUUGAAUUAUUGUUCGAUCCGGCAUAAGAACGGUUCCUGGGUGGGGUGCGAGUGUGUCUUUACCGUAGUGUACGAUGUGUUGAUCGCAAGUACCACCGUCUACGGCCGAGGACAUGGAAGUCAGAAGCGCGCCGCUGAUGCGCCCAUCGUCCGCCAGCUGUUCAAUUCCUCCCCAAAUGAUCCUCGCUACCACAUGCUUACUUGGAUCUCCAACAAAUUCUCUCAGCGUCUGGCUGAGCCUCUCCACGAGCCCCGCGCGGCUAUGUUUGUGAACCGCUUCACUCGAACUGCAACGAUCAUGUACGCUACAAGUGGAGUAUCGGAGAUCCUUGGCAUCAGUCCACAUGCGCUUAUCUCUCAGAGCUUCUACUACUGCAUUCAAGAAGAAUGCCUGGGUGAUGCAAUCAGGUGUCUCGAAGGUGCAAAGAGGAACGAUUCCAUCGCUUACCUACGAUUCUGGUUCCGCAACCCUCUACAGGACGUACAUGGGUCCGGUCGUGGAUUGGACGCGGUCACGGUGCUGUCCCCAAUCGAGCUUGAAGCUGUCGUUUCUUGUACAUCUGACGGCCUCGUCGUCAUCUUGCGCCGUGCCCGUGCCCCCAUCCCUACUGCCCCUACUGUCCCUGCGGUUCCCGAGCCAGCUCCCGUGUAUACCAAUGGUAUCUUUGCCGCACCGUGGGCCCCCGAGCCGGUCUUUUCCUACGGCACACCAUCCUACACUCCCUCGCAUCCAGCCAUUCUGCAACCUUCUCGCCCAGACGUGGCCGGCACCCUGUGCCGGGAUCCUGCGCCUGGUUCAACCGUUCAUGGAAUUCCUCUUCCCGAACAGACCUCUACUAUGUGCCGCGAUGGCAUGGAAACCAGCUCUGGUAGCGCAUCGGAUUCCGUGUAUGGUUCGGUUUCCGAACAAGAAAAGUCUGGAGGUCCAGGAGAAAGUGGCCCUCACUCGUACCGCCUUAUGGAUACCAUCCGCGACGUGGCGGUCUUCGCUUGGGGAAUUGUUGGUAUCAACCGCGGAUUGGAGCAGUACAAAUACGGAACCCCGACUGGUAAUUCUCGGCCAGAAGAUGAGAUGGAUCUUGAUGAGUCAUGCUAG